AGCGUAACUGGAGUCACUCUUUACGAUACGUGAAAGUGAGAUCGAGGUUCUGGGACGAGUGCGUGUGGACAAAUAAAGCUGUUCAGCUACAGGUAUCUGUUUCACCAUAAUUUCACCUCGUGAAAAGCCACAAAUUUUGAAUCGUUUUGUCGUUCCUUUGUUCCGUGCACUUUCAACCAUGCUCCAAGAAGGUACAGGUAGCUUUGAUUCAUUCCUCAAAAAUUUAGAGGAAAAAAAUCAGGCACAAGUAGAACAUGUCCUGGGUUCUGAUGCGAAUGUAGAGCAGGAGGCAACUGAAGGAAGCAAACGCAAGAAACUUUCGGACGCCAUUAAAGAGGGCGACCCAUAUAGGGUUUGGAAACUUAUACUGGGUGAAGAAUUCAAAGAAGUGCCGUAUCUUGAGGACUUAAAUAAGGUAUCUAAAUCCGUGGCCGACAGAGAGGACGACAAGGAUGGAUUGUGCAAGUUUAUCUGCUCGGAAUUGAAGAGCCUGUUCAAGAACAACGAAAAGGAAGAUUUGCCGAGCGAAAAAGAACGAUAUAACCUGAAAAUUCUAAGCAACCCUCUGUGCUUAAGUCUAGAAUGGCUUUGGAGGAGUAAUCUAAAUUCUAACUAUCAGCAUAGGGAAUGUAAGAAACGCAGGGAGAGUAAGUUUGAAGACGUAAUUGAAGCAGCCCUCGAUGAUGCUUAUCUACUGGAGAAAAUGGCUUCGCACGAAGAUCACUUCAGCCAAGAUAAAUAUAUGAAACGUGCAAAGAAAUGUGAGGAAUUUGCCGUCGAUAUCGUCAAGCAAGUAAAUGGCAAUAUAGAGCUGCUGCACAAAGUCCUGGAUAUCGAAGGAAAGGGAGCUUUGCUGAAGGAGGGGUCCGAUGAUUUCAUUUCCAGUUUGAGUCUGCUCAAGAUGGCCGCUGAUAAAGAACGCAAAAUGUUCGUGGCGAGCCCAAACUGUCAAUUUGUUCUUGACGAAGUCAUCUACCACGGAAGUCCUGGUUGGCGAAAAAGGGGAAUCGUGAUCAAAACAGCCUGGUGCCUGCUCCAACUUUUGCUCGUUUUCGUCACAUUCCUCGCUUACUUCCCAUUAAAGUCAAUUCGUAAGAAUUUCCCGUCCUGUAACUGCAAAAAGCUAAGAAUGUUAUAUGAGCAUCCUUACUCGAAGUUUCUUAACCAUACCUUGUCAUACAUGAUAUUUCUGGCUUUCAUUUUUGCAUCGUCUUUUGAAUACAAGUUCGGGCCUGGUGGAGCAGGCCUGAGUUGGAUUGAUUGGGUAGUAUUCGCUUUUGUCAGCGGGCUAUUCAUACAGGAAUUCCUGGAAGUCUGCAAGCAAGGUCCGUUCAUUUACUUCUCAAAAUGGUGGAAUGUUACUGAUACAGUGAUUAUCCUCACAUUCAUUGUGGCCUACUCUGUAUCGUGGGUCGCGUGGAUUGUUUAUGGAGAGUGGAGACCUGAAGAGAAACUAUUCAUCGUAGCAGAUGCCAUUUAUGCCAGUGCCUCCAUCAUGGCCUAUUUUCACUUGGCGCACUUGUUCCAAGUCAGUUCAACGCUGGGUCCCUUGCAGCUAUCCCUUUACAAAAUGUUGAAAGAUGUCCUCAAGUUUCUCGCCAUCUUUCUCGUUCUCUACUUUUCGUUUGCAACCGGGGUGGCCAAGAUUUACUCGUACUAUGUCGCCUCUGAGAUAGAACUCAAAAAGCAGGACAACAGAACCACUUAUUACCAAGUUUCUCACCCAUUUGCCUUACAUACAAACACUUUCAUUGUCUUGUUUUGGAAGCUGUUUGAUGGUGGUGGACAGGAGGAGAGCAUUUCAGUGCAAGAUAAAAGGUUCACUCUUAUUACCGAAUUUGGCCGCGUGUUUAUGGGAGCCUACGUCAUAUGCACCAUCCUUGUAGCCCUCCACAUGCUGGUUGCUAUGAUGAACGAAACAUUCCACAAAAUCAAGCGAAACGUUGAUGAAGAGUGGAAAUUCUCAAGAACACAAAUGUGGCUGGAAUGGAUCGACAAAGGCAGCUCUGUUCCGGUUCCACUCAAUAUUCUUUAUUUCGCUCUGCGCCCUGUGUUUUGGUUUCUGUGUGGCUGUUGUAAAUCACUGUGUUUCACAUGCAAAGAGCCAAAACAGAAUGACGGAAACACAUGUUGCUGCGGGAGCGCAUCCUUACAUCAAUAUAAAGACGCAUGCUCAAGAGAAGAUAUUCCUGGAUUCGAAAGAUUUGACCUCUCCAAGAGGCCAGAAACUCCCGUUAAUAAGGAUCGUCUUAAGGCAAUGAGAACUUUGGUCAAGGAAUAUCUGAAGGAUCGCUACUCAGAAAGAUGGAAGGAAUGUAGGGCAGCAACUACGCGAAUGCAUCUGAAACAAGAUCUACCGUUAGUCAAUGAACCCAGACGGAACUGAUCCUCGAUUGCUUUGUUUUGAUUUAAAUGUUAAUAGACUGAUUUUUUUAUCGUAGUCCGUACAGUUUCCCGAGGUUUUGUGGCAGAAUACAUCACAGUACUGUUGCCAAGACAGUUCUUAAAUUAGGUUUACAAAAACAAGUACUUAUAUUAGUAUGCGUAUUCCUCAUUCUUCCCCUAGGUGCCCACAAAGAGAAUUUGUUUAACAAUCUAGAGCGUCUACAGUUGGUGAUCAUUUCCUUUAUCCUUAUGAACUUAAUGUGUGAUUAAGGGGUGAUGUUGUUCGAGAAAUUAGCUGCCAGUCACUAUUAUUUGUGGUAGAAAUGCUAUUUUUCGCAGUUUUAAUAAAAUGCUAGCUAAAACAGA